AUACCAGGAAAUGAUCAUUGGGGUGAAGUGAUGUGUUGGCAUGUUAAGGAGAAUUUGGUGGAAAAUACAGCAACUCUGUCAAUUAUCUCUGACAUGUUUGCAGACUGCAGACAGGCAACCGGAGAAUGCGGAAGUACCUUCAAUAAGCAACAAUAUUUCGACUUACUGAGUAGGUGAGGAUGGGGAGGAAGGAUGCAAGCGCUGCGAUGGCCCCGGUCGACCAGUACCGGAAACAGAUUGGUAAACAAGACUACAAGAAGACCAAGUCAGCUCUGAAGUUGACGAAGUUGAAGGCUGAGGCGAAGAAGAGUGCUCCUGGAAUAAGGGAUGCUUUCCUGGUCAUCUUAGCCAUCCUGGUGUUCAUGCUCUGUGUGUAUGCGUUCUUCUACCUCAACCUGAGCACUGAAUUGGACAUGGACCUGGAUGUGGACUAAAGCAGGAGAGGACAACUUAACCUCGGGCUCGGGUUCUUGCUGGGCUGGGCUAUUGUCAGUCUCUGUCAACGUGGCUCAUUGGCUAUUGUCAGUCUCUGUCAACGUGGCUCAUUGACUAUUGUCAGUCUCUGUCAACGUGGCUCAUUGGCUAUUGUCAGUCUCUGUCAACGUGGCUCAUUGGCUAUUGUCAGUCUCUGUCAACGUGGCUCAUUGACUAUUGUCAGUCUCUGUCAACGUGGCUCAUUGGCUAUUGUCAGUCUCUGUCAACGUGCCUCAUUGGCUAUUGUCAGUCUCUGUCAACGUGGCUCAUUGGCUAUUGUCAGUCUCUGUCAACGUGGCUCAUUGGCUAUUGUCAGUCUCUGUCAACGUGGCUCAUUGGCUAUUGUCAGUCUCUGUCAACGUGGCUCAUUGGCUAUUGUCAGUCUCUGUCAACGUGGCUCAUUGGCUAUUGUCAGUCUCUGUCAACGUGGCUCAUUGACCAUUGUCAGUCUCUGUCAACGUGGCUCAUUGGCUAUUGUCAGUCUCUGUCAACGUGGCUCAUUGGCUAUUGUCAGUCUCUGUCAACGUGGCUCAUUGGCUAUUGUCAGUCUCUGUCAACGUGGCUCAUUGGCUAUUGUCAGUCUCUGUCAACGUGGCUCAUUGGCUAUUGUCAGUCUCUGUCAACGUGGCUCAUUGGCUCAUCUGGAUGCAAGUCUGAUUCCGUAAAUUUUUUUCCCUCAUUUCUGUUUUCUCCAUUUUUCCCCCCUGUUUUUAUUUUAUUUGUGGGGGGCUUUGUCAUCUACCAAGAAGCCUGUUGACAUUAGCAUCAUCUCUAACAGCUACACAGAGACAAAUGCACGAACACAGACGGGGCAGUCCUGUUGCCUCUUCAGAAAUAUGAAUCACUGAUGCGUUUUUAUUUCAUGUCUUUAUAUUAAUGAAUGUUAUAAGUUCAAUAAAUUGUGUAAUAUUGUUGAA